AUGCAAUACUCCCGCGAUGGCACUCAAGCUGAGAAAAAGGACUACGCCUACUUCAACCAGCAAUAUGCAACCUCAACUUAUCAGGUUGAUCACAAUAUGUACCCAGAUCUCAUCGUUCAGCCGAAAGGAGACGAAGACGUCAUCAAGGCUGUGAUUUGGGCCAGAGAGAACAAAGUCGCUGUUGCUGUUAAGAGUGGCGGUCAUCAGUACAGUGGUGCGUCGUCUACCAGUGGCAAGAACAUUCAGAUGGACCUUAGCAACACGUACAAGGACUUGAUGGUUCUGAAUCCCCAUGGUCCCAUUGACAAAGAUAGAGCCCUGGUGUACGUUGACGUCAGUAAUCAACUCAAAGAACUCAACACAUAUCUCAAGCACAACCAACUGUUUGUCCCCCACGGAGAUUGCGCUUACGUAUGUGUGGGUGGGCAUGGUCAAACUGGUGGUUAUGGCCAGCUUGGCCGUGGCUUUGGCCUUUUUGGCGACCACAUCAGAACCAUUCGUAUAGUCUGUCACAACGGUGCCAUUCGAGACAUUUCUAAAGAGAACAACUUCGAGUUUUUCUAUGCCAUACUCGGGGGCAGUCCAGGGACCACAUGGCAUCAAAGGAUUCUGGAUCUACUCCCCCAAAUGCUUACCGCCGUCGCACAAAUGGCCGACAAUGCCAAGGUCCCCCGAGGCUUUGACCUCACUGUUAACGUCCUCAGCAACGACUUUCCCAUCGCGAUGCUAUUUCCCUUAUUGAAUAAUGCUAGUUUUUGGGAACACAUUCAAAACAAGAUCAAGAACGCCCUUGCGGAUGAAUUUCUUGAGUGGCUCAAUGGUCGCUUCCCCGCCGUCAUCAUAGACAAGUAUGACGAGAGUGUUGAUCAAUGGUUCAACAAGUUCCGGGCCCUCAAGAGUUUCUUCGAAAAUGAGACUCUCCUCAUCGACGAGUUCGAAGAGGACAUGUCUCGAAUGACUGGAAGAUGGAUUCUCCCCAGGCGGCGAGAGUUUGAUCUCCCUUAUGUCAAGCGCACCUACUCUACCAAGUCGAAGUCUCUCGAAAAGGACGGCUAG